CCCACCGGUGCUUCUCCACAAACAUCAUUACGCGCACUUGUAGGGCGUGCGAUUUCUUUUUCUACCGCUAAUCUCCCAGUGAGCAAACAAAACCCACCCCCUCUCCCCCACCUUUGGCUUAGCACCACUAUAUUUUCCUUCCCAAAAUCUCACCCACCAUAAUCUCUCUCCCUCAGUUAUCAUUCAGAGAAGAUUUUUGUUCUGUCGUUGAAGAAGUAAUGACAGCUCCAAACAUGGCGACCAUUACUGCUUCUUUAGAGAGGUCUCUUCAGAACUGUUCGCUAAACCACCAAACAAGAAGCGGUUCAGGCGCAGGUUUUGGCGUAGGAAGCUCAGAUGAGACACCGGAUAAUCAUGAUCUCCCUACCUCCGACACCGCCUUAGAGCUCAACUCCGAUAUGUCUCUCCCAUACCAAUGGGAGCAAUGCCUCGAUUUAAAGACAGGGGAGAUUUACUAUAUAAACUGGAGGAAUGGCAUGAAAGCAAAAGAAGAUCCGAGGACCACAGCAGAAUACAGCGGAGAUUUCUAUUCAGAAGAUGAUAGCUCAUACGACAGCGAGGAGUCUUCGUCAGAAUCCUCACCUUCCUCCAGACAGCCCUACAGGGUAGAGAAAGACCAUAAAGACCAUGUUUUGGUUGUGGCCGGGUGCAAGAGCUGUCUCAUGUAUUUCAUGGUGCCCAAACAGGUUGAAGAUUGCCCCAAAUGCGGCGGUCAACUUCUCCACUUUGAUCGAUCCGAAAAUGGAUCUCCGUGAAUGACAUUAAUUUCUUAUCUUUUUUUUUUUUUUUUUUUAAUCCUUCUCUUCUUUUUUCUACAAAAACCCCUUUGUUCUUUGAAAAGUUUCAUUGUGGAUUGAUGAAAUGGGAGACAAAUGGGUUUGGUUUUUUUGUUUUUUUCUUUCCACUAUUUGCUGUUCCUUUCUUUUUUUUUGGUUUAAUUUUCUAAUUCGUGAAUUUGGGUUUCUCUCGAAAGCCAUUGAAGUGGGCACUGAUAGAGAUUAGAAAUGAGUUCUACAAUGCAAGAAUCAAGGUCAAAGGCUGAAGAUAUAAGGAAUAAUAUUGGCAAUGAUUGUUGCUUUCGUUCUCUUAGAACGUGUAGACGGUAGAGCUAGCUUGCAAUUAAUAAUGCCCCCUUGGAGGAGUGUUUUAUAUAUGCAGGCUUUGCCUUGCUAAUUCCCUUCUUCUUCCUUUUUGAUUUUAAUUACGACCUUUAAUAUUGCCAUAAUUUAGAAUUAGGAUUUGAACUGAGAAUAUCCAUUGUUGUCUUUCAUUUAAUACCCUUUUUUUUUUUUAAUGUCUUUCAUUAUCAUUUAAUUUUUGUUUCUCUCGUAUUUCUGAGAAGUCAAGCCUAUAUGCUUAUCAUCCAGUGUGUGAAAAGUUGAUAUCUCAAUUUAUUUGGGGGGAAAAAGAGACAAGACACAAUGGUUGUGUUUAAAGUCGGGUUUGGCAUGCGACGCUGUC